CCGCUGAGCUGGGCUGAGCUGUUGGAGCUGUUUACCGCUGUUAGUGCUGCAGGACGGAGGAGGACAGGCGGCCCGGAGGACGAGGAGUAAACAAGGAGCAGUGAGAGGAGGAGAAGGAGGAGCAGAACAGCGCACUGCGGGCUCUCCGCUUCAUUCUACACACCUAUACAUGCGAUAGCUGCACUCUGUAGGCCGGAAACAUGAUUUCUCCGUGGGACAGAUGGUACACGACGAGCUGCUGCCUCUGCUGUCACGUCCGGACGGGCACCAUUAUCCUGGGGGUCUGGUACAUGCUCAUCAAUGCAGUGGUUCUCUUAAUCCUGCUGUCUGCUCUAAAUGACCCGGUCCAGUACCACUACCACCUCACUAGUGCUGAACUCGGCACAGAUUUGGACGUCAUGGACGAUGCAAAUAUGUGCAUCGCUGCUGCAAUUUCCCUACUAAUGAUUCUGAUCUGUGGGAUGGCAACCUACGGUGCUUAUAAGCAACAUGCUGCUUGGAUCAUUCCUUUUUUCUGCUACCAAAUCUUUGAUUUUGCCCUUAACACCUUGGUAGCAAUAAGUGUUGUGGUUUACCCAAACACCAUUCAGGACUACCUUCAGCAGUUGCCUGGGACCUUUCCAUACAAAGAGGACUUGAUGUCCACAAACAACAUGUGCCUAGUUUUUGCAGUUCUGCUCUUCAUUGGCUGCAUCCUGGCCUUUAAGGCUUACCUGAUUGCCUGUGUAUGGAACUGCUACAGAUAUGUUAGUGGAAGAGGCACCACAGAGGUCUUGGUUUAUGUCACUACAAAUGAUACCACAGUACUGCUUCCGUCCUAUGAGGAGGUUGUCGCCAUUCCACCGAAGGAGCCGCCUCCUCAGUAUGUUUCAGCAUGAGACAGACAGAGAUUUUCCCCUCUCUGACUCCCCCCCACUCGUCUCCCCAACCCCCUUGAAAAGAAAGGAUUUCUCUGUCACUAUUGCCUAUUGCCCUCUUCUUCUUACUCUGUGGCGUUUUCUUUUCUUUUCUUCUGUGCUCCCUGAAGGCAGUAGUGUGACUUUGACAUGUCCUUUCCUCUGCAAGGCACAGCUGUCCUGGCAGCCCAAGUGCUGUGCGUCAGCUCCAAUUUGAUUUGCACUUCCAGUGAUUAUGCACAGCACUGACCUCCCCUUUUAUAAUACUGUGAACUUCUCAGUACUGCUGUUGUCUACUGAAAUACCUGAAAAAUGCACCGCGUGCAAUAAACAUGAGGGUUAUGUAAGAGCACUUUUCAGAUGGCGGUUUGAAACCCAGGAUCUUGCUGAAUGUAGUGACCAGGGUAUUUUUGUCUUACCUUCUUUGUAUUAAUACUGAACUGUGAGAAAACCCAGAGACCCAAAUUGUGGUUGAAACUACGUAAAAAAAAAUACUUACUAAACUCUAUGAACCUACAUACUUUAAUCUCUAACAUGAUGUUUUUUUUACCAACAAUUUCCCAGAUUUAACGCAGUUGAGCAGUUUCAAAUCUUUUGGUAAUGUUGUACUUUUGAAUAAUUACUUACUGGUGGAUUCAGACAAUGCAAGGAGCCUAAAGCCAGCAUGAUUUAAUUUCAAGGUCUAUGCACAGAGAUAUACUGUGUAUACAAGUGCAGAUGAAUUGAGGCUAAGGAUUCGGGAGGUGUAUGUAAUGAUUUUCACAAUAAUACUUUCAUUAUGCUUCAUACAUUUUUCCCUCCUUGUUGUGGUCUUAUCUGCAUUAAGAGUAUACAUGAUUAAAAAAAAACACCUGCAGAUAAGACAAAGAUGGUAAAAGGAAAUGGAGAUCAGCUCUCCUAAAAGCUAACGCUUGCUAUUUAAUUCAUUACUACUUUGUUGCCAUUCAUUCUUUGGCUGCAUGCUGCAUUAUUUUUGCACAUAAUUCAUGAUGUUCGUUCUAUACUAGGUCAGUCAGUCAGUGUAAUGAUUGAAUAGUAUUGAAUAGUAGAUUGUAGCACAGCACCAUAACAUAGCUAGAACAUAGCUAGAACAGUGUAGGUUAUCUGUUAGCCUGACUACGAGUGAAAUGAAAUCUCUGGAUGUUUGCCCAGCUUCAUAUAGCUUCUUACAUAGUUUAAUCAUUUGUAAUGUUUUAUAUACAGUAAAAGAGCUAUGCAAAACUAUGUUGAAGCACCACUAUGCUCUAUUUCAACACAAAGCUCCCAAGUAUAGAUAAAAUGAAAUUAAAUCAUUUCUAAUAUUAUAAUAAUUUAGAAUAUUAUAAUCAUUUAUAAUGGGAAAAUAUCUUGCAUAACCAUGUAUUCCAUAUUUCCAGUUUCUGACAUUAUUCAGGUAGAUGAUGCUUUUGUUACUGUACAUCAUUUGGUCAAAUAUGGCCAAUAUUAAAAUAAUUUACUCCGAAAUCGAAUACUGCCAAACACACACAAUAAUGUUCACAGGUAAAACUGACAUAACCCAUUACCUAAUAGUGAGCUUAUAACAAUUCACAAACAACAACAACAAUAAUAAUAACAAUAAUAAUACAUUAGAUAAAUAUAAUUAUUUAACAUUAGAUGAAGUCUAUAUUUGAUACUUUUAUCCUCUGGACACUAUACUGUCCUUACUUGAUCAAGUAUAUAUGUAAUAUACAUAUAUAUGCUAACAUACAAAAUAUAUAAACAUGUUAAAUUUGUAAUUUCCCAUUUUACCUGAUCAUUACAUUAAUCAAACCUAACAAAAAGAUUGUGUUCCAAAAAAUAUUUGAAAGCUGAAAAAAAAAGAUUCAUAAAUUAGAAACACAAUAGAGAGAAACUGAUUUGGAAAUAAAAUGGAAAAAAGAAAAUCCCCCUUCAUACAUUUUCAGAUUUAAUCAACCAAUUAAAGCAAUGCAAGAGUCUGUUUACUCCUGUUAAGCUAUGGUACAGAAGAGCUUUGGGUUGAAAUACAGUAAAACACUGCUUUAGGUACUACUUUCUACCAUACAUCUAUAACGUACAGUAGCCGGAUAUUUGCUGUUUGUUCCUAUGAAACAAGUAGAUGGGUAGAUUUAGGAUUUAGACAAUUCUGUUUUAUAACUGCAAUCUUUCCAAUCUAACAUUAUAACCUGUUCCAGCAAAUGGUUUAAUAUUUGUUUGGGUAUAAUGAGAUGACUUGGGGGAAAAAAAUCACACUGUACAUCUUCCAAAAUGUACAAUUUAUGAUGUAUUUUUAUUGUUGAUAUUUAAUGUGGUUUGUGAUUGAGGGUUGUUCGGACAGACUUGUGAUAUUCCAUUGGCUGUAAUAUUUGUACUGAAGCUGUGUGAACAGUAACAGGUUGAUAUACAGAAAUAUGUGUUUAAUGUAGCGUGAAUGAAACUUGUUAAAAUCCAGAACAAUUCUUCUGAGUAAAGAGAACGGGUGUGUGUCCUGUCCUGUUCCAUAUUCUGUAUUUGGGUCUGCACUUGUUUAUGUCUCAUUUUUAAACCAUAAAGUAUUCUGAUGAUGUUUAAUCAUCAUGGCGGUG